AAGGCAACUUCCUGCAGAGUUUCUAAUGCUAACGGACUCCUGCUGCACAAAUAUGGCAGCCCCAUCGUAGAGGAGCAUGGGGGAUCAUACAGGUGCAAGAGGAGUCCAGUCCCGAUGCCAGCAAAGUCUCCUGAAGGAUGCCUUUUGCUUUCCAGAGCUGCACAAAGAUAAUCACUCAGGAAGUGUUUCAGCCAAUGGCCUGAAGCGUGACAUCAGGAUUUGUGCAAGCACCCAAUCCAGCCCCGGCUUCUAUGAAGGAGACAGAUCAUCAAGCUGAAGUGCCAAACCCUUUUCUGUCUGAGUGCAGAGACUCUGUCCUCCAUGUUUUAUAAGUAUUGACAUAACACUGUGUUACAAUGCAUCCACAGAGGUAAGCCUGGCUUUUUUUGCUUUUUGAAAAUUUUCAACCCAUCUCAUGGAUGUACAAACUGUGCUUUUGCAGGUCACAUCUCAGAGACUUGUCAUGCAAAACACACAACAUAGCACUUUAUUUCUACAGUGUAAAUGUGCUUUCUUUGGGUCACAUGGUCUGGAUGCCAUGAGCCACUCUGGCUAGAGGGUAGCUUGUGCUAAAGGAACUUGGGCAUAACUUUUUUGGUUUUUUUUUAUCCUUCCUCCCAGUGCAAAAAGUGCUGUGUUUUUUUUUUCCCUAGUCUUUCACAAAAGCCUCCUGGUUCUCCAAGGAAGAACACUCUCCCUGCAUUAUUGUCACAUGCUGCUGUGGAGAACAUGGAGUCUGCACAAACAUUAAGCAGCCCCCAAGGAAACCAAACGCAGGAGGCUGGCAACUUUAGCAUCAGGCAAGUUUACCUUCUUUCUCACUAGAAGAAAAGUCAAGGCCUUCAAGGAAAAUUAAAAAAAAAAUAUACUGUUUAGCAGGAUUCCCUUUUCACUAAUGCCUGGGUUAGAUUUGGGGCCUAGUCUGCAUUCUGGAUUGAUUUGCCCCAAAGUAUUCUUUGUUUUUUUAAUUUUUUUUUAAUACAUUGAGGACUUUUUUAAUUAUAUUCCUGCACCUUUCCCUGGAAUACAAUUUUUUUUUACUGUCUUAUACAAUUUUAAAUCUGGACGUAUCAUAUCUCACAGCAACAAACUAAUAUGGAUUUAACACAUUUGGCGGAUGAGGAGAUAAAAACAGAACAGGAGGUAGUGGAGGGGAUGGAUGUCACAACACGAUCCAAAGGUCCAGCUGUAGCAUUCCCAGAAGGUCUACCACAAGAUCAUGGAGACAGUCAGCAGUCUAAUCCUGGCUCCACAGAACGACCCGGCCAAAAGCGGAGGUUUCCCAGCCCCCAGCACUCUUCCAAUGGCCAUUCCCCUCAAGAUUCCUCAACAAGCCCGAGCAAAAAGAAAAAGAAACCUGGCGUAAUCAACAGUAAUAACAAAGAACAGUCAGAGCUAAGGCAUGGUCCGUUUUACUAUAUGAAGCAGCCACUCACAACAGACCCUGUUGAUGUUGUACCGCAGGAUGGCCGAAACGAUUUCUACUGCUGGGUUUGUCAUCGGGAAGGUCAAGUUCUGUGCUGUGAGCUCUGCCCAAGAGUUUACCAUGCUAAGUGUCUGAAACUGACCGCUGAACCUGAGGGCGAUUGGUUUUGCCCUGAGUGCGAGAAAAUCACAGUUGCAGAAUGCAUAGAGACGCAGAGCAAAGCAAUGACAAUGCUGACCAUCGAACAGCUGUCUUAUCUGCUUAAAUUUGCACUACAGAAGAUGAAGCAGCCGGGGACAGAGCCGUUCCAGAAGCCGGUAUCUUUGGAGCAACACCCUGAUUAUGCAGAAUAUAUAUUUAAUCCUAUGGAUCUUAGUACCUUAGAAAAGAAUGUAAAGAAGAAAAUGUACGGUUGCACGGAAGCAUUUUUGGCCGAAGCCAAAUGGAUUUUACACAACUGCAUUAUUUACAAUGGUGGCAAUCACAAGCUGACACAAACAGCAAAAGUUAUAAUCAAGAUUUGUGAGCACGAGAUGAAUGAAAUCGAAGUCUGUCCUGAAUGUUACUUAGCUGCUUGCCAAAAAAGAGAGAGUUGGUUUUGUGAACCCUGUAGCAAUCCACACCCAUUGGUCUGGGCGAAAUUAAAAGGAUUUCCCUUCUGGCCUGCAAAAGCACUUAGAGAUAAGGAUGGACAGGUUGACGCACGAUUCUUCGGUCAGCAUGACAGAGCCUGGGUACCAAUGAAUAACUGCUACCUCAUGUCCAAAGAGAUCCCCUUCUCUGUGAAAAAAACAAAAAGCAUUUUCAACAGCGCCAUGCAGGAGAUGGAGGUCUAUGUAGAGAACAUCCGCAAGAGGUUUGGAGUUUUUAAUUACGCCCCUUUUCGGACACCUUACACCCCUAACAACCAUUACCAAAUGCUGCUGGACACCGGGAACCCAAGUGCUGGAACGGCAAAGACCGAUAAACAGGAGAAAAUCAAACUGAACUUUGACAUGACGGCGUCACCGAAAAUCCUGAUGAGCAAACCCAUGCUGAACAGUAGCGGCGGGAGGAGGAUUUCUUUAACGGACAUGCCUCGCUCACCAAUGAGCACAAACUCUUCUGUUCAUACUGGAUCCGACGCGGAACAGGAGGCGGAGAAGAAAGUAGCGUCGAGUCACUUUAGCGCAAGUGAGGAAUCCAUGGACUUUACAGAUAAGAGCACAGCCUCUCCUAAAGCAACAAAACCUGGCCAUGGGGGUAGUAUAACAGACAGCCCCAAACCUUUCUCUCCUCAAUCAUCUACACCCGUGUCCUCCAAGCAAGAUCGAUCGGCCACCACAGGGAGCAUCCUCAACCUCAAUCUUGACCGCAGCAAGGCAGAAAUGGAUUUACAGGAGCUCAGUGAAUCGGUCUUACAGCAAUCUACACCCACCCCACUUGUAUCCCCAAAGAGACAGAUCCGGAGCAGAUUUCAGCUUAAUCUUGACAAAACCAUAGAGAGCUGCAAAGCCCAAUUAGGGAUCAACGAAAUCUCCGAGGACGUCUACACGGCUGUGGAACACAGCGACUCCGAGGAAUCCGAGAAAACAGACAGCAGCGACAGCGAAUACGCCAGCGAUGAGGAGCAGAAGACCAAGAACGAACACGAAGAUGGCGAGGAGAAGGAGAGCGUCAAAGCUGAAAAAGAAUCCUCCUCUUCUUCUUCGGCAUCAUCGUUAAAGAAGAAAGCCAAGCCACCCGCCUCUGCUGAUACCAAGGAUACUACAAAAAUCACUCCCACGGCCGCCGAGAAAAAAGACGCCCCCUCCAAAGAUAAAUCCGGUCUGGAAACACCGAAGGAGGUCACGGAAAAGGCCAAAAUCGCCGCCAAGGAAAAGCUGAAAGGGAAAGAUGAGGCGGACUCUCCCACAGUCCGUCUGGGUUUGGACUCUGAUUCUGAAAGUGAACUGGUCAUAGAUUUGGGAGAGGAUCAGGCUGGGCGAGAAGGUCGCAAACACAAGAAAGAAGCAAAGGAAACACUGGCCAAGCAACAAGAAAGUAAAGCCCCUGCUGUGUCAAACACCAGCAGCCAACCCCAGCCAGAAACCCCCAUUCUGACCCGGUCAGCAGCCCAGUCUAUACCUGCAGUAGGCGUUACCGUGACGACCAGUGCCCUGGCAUCAGUACCUGUAGCAGCGGCCGCCACGGGCAGCCCCAUCAAAAAGCAAAGGCCACUGCUGCCUAAGGAAACAGUCCCUACUGGGCAGAGAGUGGGGUGGAAUUCUUCCAGUAAAUUUCAGACCUCGUCCCAGAAAUGGCAUAUGCAGAAAGUACAGAGGCAACAGCAGCAACAGCAACCGGCAGCAGUUCCGCAGUCUCCCACCGGAACCAGAUACCAGACCCGACAGGCUGUGAAAGCUGUGCAACAGAAAGACGUAAGCCCGGCCACUACGACCUCCACCAUAACCCUCGUCACUAACGCUCCUCCGCUGCCUGUGGUAACCACUCCCACAAACACCAUAAAUCCUCCAAUCAGCAACGACCUGCCAAUUGCCACUGCUUCUGCUGAUGUUGCUGCCGAUAUUGCUAAAUACACCAGUAAAAUGAUGGAUGCGAUAAAAGGGACGAUGACUGAAAUCUACAACGACUUGUCUAAGAACACUACUGGGAGCACCAUAGCCGAGAUCCGACGAUUACGGAUUGAAAUCGAAAAGCUCCAAUGGCUUCACCAGCAGGAACUCGCUGAAAUGAAGCACAACCUGGAGCUUACCAUGGCUGAGAUGAGACAGAGCCUGGAGCAGGAGCGAGACCGGCUAAUCGCAGAAGUCAAGAAGCAGACGGAGUUAGAGAAGCAGCAAGCUGUGGAUGAGACAAAAAAGAAGCAGUGGUGUGCAAACUGUAAAAAGGAAGCCAUCUUUUAUUGCUGUUGGAAUACAAGUUACUGUGACUACCCUUGUCAGCAAGCCCAUUGGCCGGAGCACAUGAAAUCAUGCACCCAGUCAGCUACAGCCACACAGCAAGAGCCUGACCCCGAACUCAGCACCGAUAAAUCCAUGCAGCCGACCUCUAGCAUCCAACCACAGUCAACUGAAGGCAGCAGCAGCACCCCAAAAGAAAAGGAGGGUGACAAAAGCAAAGAAAGUGUGACUACCAUCCCGGUGGUGGUGAGUCCAAGUGCCGGAUCGAUGUCGGUGAGAGGAGGAGGAGUCCAGUACGUUCAGAGCGGCGGGACAGCGCAAGUGAGAAAGGUGUAGCCCCGGGGCCCUCCGGUUGGACAAAUAACAGGCAACACUACAUUCCCGCCAUUGGCUGGGGUAGGACUUCUGCAUCUGAAGAUUUGGGGGAGGAUCCCGCCCGUGUAAAUAUUGUACAAUUUGUGGAUGUCGUUUAAUAAUUCAAGCACCGGUUUUUUUUUGUUUUUUUUCUACGGACCUUUAACUUAUGAUCACAAAUAAAACUGCUCCUGCAUCAACUUCCCUAACGGAUUAGAAAUAAACUGCCCCUGGGGGAGGAAUGGAAGCUGCCAUACUGCAAAACAACUUGGCGAAACAGAAACAGAGCGCUUACGUGAAACGGAUUACGGAUAUUACGCGUGAAUUCGACUUUCGACCAAUUGUACAUGUUGUUAUUAAUACAGAUUCCCCCGUAAAAGUUAUAGAAUCGACUUCGAUAACCUUGUUAUUUUAUAUAUAUAUAUAAAGGCGCCUCCGACUCCGAACAUUAGGAAUUGGGAGUAGAAUAAGGACGUUUCGAUAAAAGCAUGAAAAUCACGACCGCCUGUUACAUUGGACGCUGAAUUCUGGUUCCGCUUGUGAUGUCAGCGGCUCCCGACCAAUCAGAGACGACGUAUGUAAAUGAGACGAUUAACUGUUCGAUGCCCGACCCAUUCCACGUGGCUGUACAUUGUAUUCGUGUUCUUUUCCGCCUUCCAUUGUAUGUAACGGACCCCCGUGUGUUCAGCAGCCGCACACGCGAAACACACAACAGAUUUGUUACGGCCGACGGGACUUGCAUUAGCCGCGCAGGCCUUAUUUGUGAAGCAUAAUUGCUUUUAGCAUAUCCGAAGUAUUUUUUCACAUUUUUCUUUGUAUAAAAUUUGUAUUAAAUCUAAAUUUUUUUUUC